AUGGUUAAAACUAGAGGUGCAUUAUCUUAUCAUGGUGAGGCUUCAUCCCCUCGUGGUGAGCCAUCAUCUUCAUCACGUGAUGAAAGAAGACGACCUACGGCAUCUGCUCGUAGAAGACGAGUACAAGAAUAUCGCGUGGACGUUAUUGAUGAGCAUGGUUAUGAGGAGCAGGAAGAGUUAUUACAACAUGGACAUGGUCAGGAUGAUUACGUUGAAGAGGAGGAUAUUCAGCAGCAGCAUGACUCUAGUCAGGAAGAACAUGAAGCUGAAGGUGAAGGUGAAGGAGGUCCACAUGACACCUCCUUACUUACCCACUAUACCCAGCAUGUUGCAUUUGCCAUAUGGCAAGGCUGGGAUCGAAGGGGGAUAAAGGUUGUCACCCAUGGCAAAAAAUUGAAGCAUUUUGGAAUGUAUCAUGAGGCCAUUGAGCCUUAUAUCUUCAUGUCGGGUUUGGGUUGUUUAGUGAACCUCUCAUACGAGUAUGCCGAUCAUGGAUUGAUCGUUGCCCUUUCGGAGAGGUGGCACCUAGAGACUAAUACUUUCCACCUACCGAUAGGUGAGAUGAGUGUCACAUUAGAUGACGUUAUGAAUUUGCUCCACCUACCCAUCAUGGGACAAUUUUGUGAGGUUGAGGAGUUAGAGUAUGAUGAGGCUCGAUCUCAUAUCAUGGAGCUGCUUGGCGUGGACCACUCUAAAGCUUCAUCUGAGAUGAAACAGUCACGUGGUCCAAAAGUUAGGCUCAGCUGGCUACGCGAGGUCUACCAGGAGUGCAUCCAGCAGGAGCGUUGGGAGUGUGCUGCUCGG